UGUGACGGUCGUGUCUAUUUGAGAUUACAAGGACUCCAUUACCAGUUACAAGUAUGUUAUGAGCAUUACUAUAGUGCCGAUAACAAUACAGUUAAAAGUGAAUUAAUAUCAGUUACAAUGGCGUCAAAAUCAACUCGAUGUGAGGAAACUGUUUAGAAAAGAUCAACAGCAAGAAAUAAUCCACAUAUCCGGUUAGUUACUUAGAGGUAAUCCUUCACCUUCCUCACCUGUGCUGCUCCUUAGAAGGAAUUACUGUACACAAGAUGAUUUCUCCUAGGCAGUCUUCAUCCGUCCCAGGACGUGUUUAUCUGUCGUCGAGUUACCUGGCCGGAGAGUAACCUGGCUGGAGAGUUACCUGGCCGAAGAUUCACCUGGCCGAGGAGUUACCUGAGUGAGGAUGAGGACAGUCGAGGGAGGAGCAUCUUACGUCACCACCAGCAAGACAGCAUACAACAAUAAGAACAUUUGUGUGAAGGUAAACUAGUGCCGGAGAUGUUUGGUUAACAGAACAACUGGUGAUGAUGUGGGGUUGUGUCAUCAGUCAAGAACAUUGUACAAUCAUCUACAUUAAACCAGUCAGAUAAAACACACAGGAAACAAGUAGAUAUAAGAGUGCCAGUGCCCAGACUGUGUAGUGAACGGUGCCACGUCAGGACCCGGCCACUGUGUGGUCACGCCUCUCGUCUUCAUGCAUGGUGAGUCACUACCACCACCUUGCCGCCGCGUCAGGUUAUUGCUCAUCGCUUCUCCCUCGUCACCUUCAGUCGUCUCUCACUUACUUCACCGGGGUGCGUCGCCUGAAGCCCAACGGUGUGUCAUCUGCUAGGGGAGGGCGCCAACACCUCGUGACCAGCAGCAGUGAGGAACGACCGUGUUGAGGGCAGCCUUCAGUUGACCACCUCAGCUAUGGUGCCGGGGGGUCGGCCGCUCCCCUGGGUCCUGCUGCUCGUCGCCGUCUGCUGCGUGGGAUCAGUAAGAGGAGGGUUCACUCUGGAGCAGGGAAUCCCACACUUCAACACCAAGCCCUACUUCUUGCCUCCCCCGGCCAAGAACCUCACAGCGCUGGAGGGACAAUCCGCCUACAUACACUGCCGGGUGGCGCAGCUGGGUGACAAAAAGGUGUCGUGGAUCAGGCGUCGUGACCUACACGUGCUCACCUCCGGGGUCCACACCUUCGCCUCUGACCAGCGGUUCAUGGCUCUCCACGCAGACCGCUCCGAAAAUUGGACCCUCCACAUCAGGUUCAGUCAGGUGAGGGACUCCGGGGAGUACCAAUGCCAAGUCAACACAGACCCAAGGAUCUCCAUGAUCUUCUUUCUCCAUGUACAAGAGGCCGCCACCCUGAUGGACGGGUCUGACCAGAGAUACGUGAGGCAGGCAGCUCCAUACAGCUCGUGUAGUACAUCCAUAGCCUCACAGCCUCCAGGUUUACUGUACUGGUAUCGAGACGCGGAGAUCUUACAGCAAGGAGGCCGGGUGAACAUCAGCACUCACCUGGAAAACGAGACGGUGAGCAAGUUGGUGAUAGACGGAGCACGAGUGACCGACUCCGGCAACUACACCUGCUGGCCUACUAAGUUCCUGCCUGCCUCUGUUAUGGUCCAUGUUAUACCAGAGGAGAAAGCAGCGGCCAAAUCCCUCGGUACUGGGAGCAAUGGUGGCGGGUCUUCCACUACAAGCAACUCGAAGGCCUCAGCGUCUCCACCCUCUGCUGAUAUCUUGCUCCUGCUGUUGCUGACACUAACCAUGCUGACGUGGACAGCUGACUUCCUGUUAUUGACUACCACUUUUCCCUUGUGCUCCCCAUCCGUCCACCUCCCCGUCAGACUACGCCCUCCUUCAAGAUAGUCAAUUACCGUAACUUAACUUAACCGUAUUGAGAUUUUGUGUUAUGAGUCACCUCUCUCUCCUUUCUCUCGUCCUAUCCUGUUCCUUUCGUUAUUUAUAUUGUCUACUUCUACCUUCUUCCGUAAGAGACAUAACACAAGUGUCACUGUAGAUUAUUUUAUUUUAAUUUGUAUGAAACUUUACUAUUAAACGUGUGUGUGUGUGUGACAGCCAGGAGGGAGACUCACAGCAUAUCUCAUUAGUGUGGAGAGAGGAACUGGCUUUUACAAUUAAGAAAAGACGUAAAUCAUAUGCAAAUUUGAGAGAGAUAAUUUGUAACGUAUUCCAUUUAUCUGAAAGACAAUUCUCUUAAUGUGAAAAAUUACGUCGUUCGUGGCGCUCUUGCUCUCACUCCCAGGACCAACAGAAUAAGAAACGUUCCCUGAACCUGAUUACUUCCGGUGGUGGUCUCCAGCAGUAAUGGUCUCCCUUGCUGAGGGUCUCCACCAAUAAUGGUCUACCUUAACAGUCUUCGCCCACUGUGGUCUCCACUACUGGUCUCGUUAUGUUAACAAUGAAGGACUCGUCAAUGGUAACUCUGUUGCUUUUUAUGUUUACGUGUCCACCGAGGGUACUUGUUUUGGACCAGCGGCCACAACAACAGAUUUAUUGUGUAUUUGUAAAUAAAAAUAAUACUCAACAAAUACAGAGUGAUCUAGUUACACCUGCCUGCGUCACCCUCACAGGUGACUCAGGGAAGGUAAGGCGUACACCUCCUUCACCAGGCGGUGGGUGGUGUGAGGGGAAGGUAACUUUGAACUUAUCAUCGGGGCUUCUGUCAGUGACUAUAAAUAUUAUGAAACCUUAAAACUAAACCACCACGACCCAAUACGUAUAAAUCUAAGACU